UACUUCCAUUUUAGCUUUGAACAUUUUCCAAAACUGUUGAAAAAAAAAAAAGAUGGAUGAAUCAAUCAGUAAUAAGGAAAGCCUUUUGCAAGAUAAAUCCUCUUCAAGAACCAAAAGGAAAUUACGUUUGAUAAUCUGUCUGUUGACUCUCUUCAGUCUCAUAAUUGCAGCUAUCAUCUCUGCUUCAAUAAUAUUUAAACAAAAUACGGAGUCCAAAUCACUUUCCUUUAACCCAACAAACGCUAUUACAUCAGUCUGUGAUCUCAUCAGCGAAGAUCCAUUAGUUAACUCAUGCUAUGGCUCUAUUGCCACACUUUAUUAUUCCUAUGAUGGCGAAAGCCCAAUCUUAUCUUGGUCAAACAGAAAUAAAAUUAACCCAUCACAGGUUUUUAUCCUUUCGCUUUUUGCUGCACGAAUCCAGCUUCAGAAUGUCGUGUUCUCACAUGAAAAAACAAUCUCAGAGGUACACACUAAGCCCGAGAUUAUUGGGGUAUUGAGAAAUUGUCAAGGAAUGAUUAAAUUCUCUCUGAAAAAACUCAAUGAAUCAGAAAUGAGUUUGGGUAUUGACCCAGAUGAGAAAAUAUUGGCAAAUAACAAAGUUGUUUGGGAUUUGCAACGCCGGAUUGGUGAAGCUAUGAGUCAAGUACAAAGGUGCAUUGAUUUAUUGAACGAGAUUCCAUCAACGCUUACGGUUGAAAUAAGAGAGAGGAGUUAUGCAGCACAGGAAAACAUGAGGAAUAGCAGAGGAAUAUUGCGAAAUGUGGAUGACAUUUUCGACUUGUUUUAUCCCACAAUUGGAUCGGUAUUAGGCUCUUUAGUUUGGGAGUUUGAAUAUGGGCUUACUGUUUGGCUCUUUUGCUUUGAGUAUUUGCUCUUAAUUUUUCUUUUAGUCCUGCUACUACGUAUAUAUUGAAUGAUUCAAUAUGUAGCAGCAUGGUACUAUUCAUAUUAGCCAAUUUCACCUUGUUUGAAUUGAGAAUAACAAUCAAAAAAAGUUUCUCUUU